AUGAGCGAAGGGGAGCGUACUACGAUUGAUAAAUCUGAGAGCAGUUCUUUUGAGGACUUAGCUUCUGCAGCUGCGCAUGAAAUAGAAGAGGCGAAACUUGCUGAUGCAGCAUCUGCGAAAAUAGACAAGAAAGACGAAAAACCUCAGGAAGAGUGGCAGGAUGUUCUUGGCUCUGGCGCUUUGCUAAAAAAGAUCAUAGAACAGGGUGAUGAAGCAAGUGGAGAGAGGCCACAAAGAAGCGAUAUAUGUAGAAUUAGCUAUGAACUUAGAUUACAGGAUGAUCCAAAAAAUAUUAUUGAAAAACGAGAUAACUUGAAAAUUUAUUUGGGUGACAAUGAAAUCUUACAAGGUUUGGAUUUAGCGCUUACAUUAAUGUACCGAGGUGAGGCAUGCUUAUUGCGAAUAGCACCGAGAUUUGCUUAUGGAGAUUCAGGUCUUAAACCUGGUGAGAGCCUCGGUUUGGUUGGUGAAGUUGAUAGUCCUAAAUAUGAUGGGGAGCCUAUAGGACCAGAAACAUGGCUGGAGGCUUCACUGAAACUUCAUGAUUGGACAGAAGAAUCUGAACAUGAAACAUUGCCUAUUGCAGAAAGAAUGGAAAUAGGAAUUCGUCGUCGUUGUCGUGGUAAUUGGUGGUAUGGCCGAGGGGAGUCUCAGUUGGCUGUUCAGUUGUACCGACGAGCUUUGGAUGUUCUUGAUGAGAGUGAAGGGGGUAUUAGUGACCCCACUACCUCAGGAGAUAUGGAACCUGCUUCAGAAGCCCUUCACGCCUUGCUGGAAGAACGACUCAGGGUUCAUAAUAAUAUGGCUGCUGCUCAGUUGAAAGCCGGUGCUUAUGAGGCCGCUUUACAGGCUGUAACAAGAGUGUUGACCUGUCAGCCUCGCAACGCAAAGGCUUUGUACCGUAAGUCACGAAUCCUAACCGCAAUGGGGCGUAACUCUGAAGCCCUAGAAGCAGCUAGGGCUGCUGCAGCGUUGGCCCCCGGUGAUAUUGGAGUACGUAAAGAAUUGUCGAAAUGUGAACAGAAAGCUACAAGAGAUAGAUCUGUUGAGAAAAAGUUAGCUAAAAGGAUGCUGGGGACUGCGGGGCAGUCUAAACCAGAACCAGAGAAAAAACCUUCCAGAGCUAAGAUGUUCAUAUGGAGUUCUCUGCUGCUAAGUUUCUUAGUUGGUGUUGCCAGUGUGUUAGUGUAUCGCUACAAGAUGCAAUCAGAAUGA